UAAGAGUUAUUGAAGACUAGUCCAUUUAGGACGUGGCAAGCAUCAUGGUUUCUUUAACCUUCAACGCUCUGACGUUUUCUUGUAUCAUAUCGUUAGUUUACUCUCAAUCUCCACACGUAACUACUACAUUGGGAAAAGUUGCAGGAAAGACAAUUCUUUUCUCAGAAGAUUCGUACAUAGGUGUCAAUAAGUAUAUCGAUGUCUACAAGGGUAUUCCAUACGCCGAGCCCCCAGUCGGUAAUUUGCGCUUUGAGAAUCCGCGCCCAAAAGAGCCUUGGAUGGGAACCCUGAACGCGACGGAAUAUAGUCCAAUGUGCAUCCAGUCCAGUGGCGGUGAAGAUGAUUGCUUGUACUUAAACAUCUUUGUACCCCAAUCUAAGGUAAGGAGCACUGCCUCAACAGACGUGUACUCUGGGGUGGUAUUAGCUGCCAUCGGCGACGUCAUUGUGGUAACCAUCAAUUACAGGCUCAACAUUUAUGGUUUUCUAACAACAGGAGACGAUGACUAUCCCGGCAACGUUGGACUACUCGACCAGCUAGAGGCUUUGAAAUGGGUGAACCAAAACAUUGGGGCAUUCGGAGGUGAUCCAUCACGUGUGACGAUCUUCGGUGAAAGUGCUGGAUCGGCCAGUGUAGAUUAUCAUCUCCUCUCAAAGCAAAGUUGGGAUUAUUUUAGCCAAGCGAUUUUAGAGAGUGGAACUGCUCUUUGUGAUUGGGCUUAUUCAGAACGGGAAGAAUCCAAAAAUUUAGCAAUCACCAUUGGUAAGAAAGUAGGCUGUGAAUUUACGGAUAGCAAUGCAUUUGUAGAAUGCAUGAAAGGUGUCGAUCCUGGAGCUGUUGUAAAUGCUUCUGUUGGGAUAACUAUUUAUCCGGGGCCCGUAGUAGACGGAAUAUUUAUUGAAAGCAGUCCAGAGAUUCUGAUACAAAAUGAAGAGUUUAAAACUGAUACAAACAUCAUCAUUGGAACAAAUAAGGAUGAAGGAACAUUUUCCUACUUUUAUCUACCAGACUACCUAUCACCAGAUACUCCUAAAGUUUCCAAAUCCGAGUUCCUUAAUCUUAUUCCAGUGGUUUUUGUUCCAAUUGAAGAAGCAUCAAAUCCUCUUAUUUUGGACUCUAUAUAUUUCGAAUACACCGACUGGUCUCAAGCAGACGACCCUGAAGCUAACUUUUUUGAUUCAAGUGUUCGAUUGGCCACAGAUUUUCAGUUUGUCUGUCCAAGUGACGCAGUACAGCGCGCGCAUGCCUCAGUUGGUAACAAAGUGUAUGCUUAUGUGAUGUCUCAUACUCCGAAAGUUUCGAUAUUUGGUCUCGAUUUUGACUGGCUUGGAGCUAGUCAUGCCGAAGAACUUCCAUUUGUGUUCGGGUUGCCUUUUCUUAAUGGAACACCUAUCUACUCUUUAGAACAGCCGUCUGACAUUGACCGCAAUUUGUCGGUGGAGUUUAUGAGAUACCUCAAAGUUGGGAUUAUUUUAGCCAAGCGAUUUUAG